AGGGUCCAGCCCCCCAGAGGUUUCAACGACAGGGCGAUCGACGCCCACGCGAGCAGCUCCGUGUACGUUCCGGGCGGCGGGUUCGGCGCGGGGGACGAAUUGAACCAUCCCCAGCGACGCCGGCAACAACGUCACGACUGGAUCGGCGACGAGCACCAACGUCGUCACGAACGCGCCGCGCGCUCCGAGGACGAGGACGAGGCGCCGCCGUUCUUCCCUUGCGACGAGUUCAUGGGGCCCCGCCCUGGCUGGUGCUUCAAAGCCGAUCGCCACGGUUUGGGGUACUACAGGGAUCCCGUUCAGGAGAGGCGAGAGCCGGAGGUACCGCACCACAGGGCGACGAGAAACGCAGACAGGGACAAGCCAUCGCCGCUCUAUCACGCCGGCGAGGAAACCGAGGAACCAACCUACGGGCACCACCACCGCGGCGGGCGUAGCGCGACGCACCACGGCGGCGAUGGCUCACAGAACCGCGGUAACUCCAUCGGGACGAGGCCGGUCGUCAGGCAGAGCAAGCUCUUCAGAAGGCACGAGAGCGGCAACGCCAUGAAGGACAUCCUGGGCAACGGCGGCGCGAUGAAGUGGGACGAGAAUCGCAUGCAGGGGGGCUACUCCGGCGCGACGUACGAUCACGAGGCGCACAACGACGCGCUUUUGAGGCAGCACGAGCAGGCUUCCAUUCUCAGAGAGGUGCUCAGCGAGGUUCGCGGCGGGCAACGAUGAUGAAAGGGACGCGCGUCGUCGUCGAAAGAAUAUUGAUGCGUAAACUAACACUU